GGAUUGUGGAUUGUGGAUUGUGGAUUGUGGAUCAUGGAUCAUGGAUAAUGGAUACCCUUUAUCCUACUUUUCUUUCCCUCCGGACUGUGUUGAUCAUUUCCGUUCUUCACUUCAAUCUCGUCUUCUUUACAUCUGGUAAAUGAUCUUAUAUUCUUAUCCCUGGUCUUAGCAGUAAAAUGUGGCAUGUAGAUCGUGCCGUUUGACCUCAUAUGACUCAAAAAACGACAGGAAAGAUCCGACAUUAAUGAUUAGACGUCACCAACCAAGGUCCUCCCAGGCUCUCUAUCUACGCUUCUACAUAUACCGGCAUCGUUCUCCGUUUCGUCUUUACGCGCUUCCUGCAUGGUACUCCACCUUUAACUGUUGCCAAGAAAACAUUAUCCAUACACUUAGGAAAUACUAUAUCUUUGACAUAUCCCAAAUAUAUUAAUCUUUCGAUUUUUGGACCACAAACCUUCUUCUUUCGGUCCAUAUCCGUUGGAGGUUUUACCCUUAGAGGCCUUUCACUCCUUUACUUGUCUCCUUAUUAGUCACUACAUUUACUUACCUCGGAAGUCAAAACUCUUGGGUGAAUUUCUUCAUGUCACCUACUCAAUCUUUCCUUUCCAAGUGCAGGCGCAUUUGAGAGCUCUUAUCGUAGCACUAUCACGUUCCUUUUUCCAGCAACCGCAUUUGAUUAUUUUCUUCCUGGCUGCGCCAGUCACUUUACCAUAUGGUUCCUCCUCCACUUGAUUUAAAAAAGACAUAUUCAUACUCAGAUAUGCUUCUCUCAUCACGAACUUCUCCUCGGCUCAGUUUGCGUAAAUCAGGCUAUGAUCCAAACGACCGAGGACCAUUAUCAUCUUCUUCUUCUCGAUUUAGCUUCAACCAUCUCAUCAAGUCACCACCGCCGUCACCUAGUCUUCCGGCUUUGGUCCCUAGACAUGGCAAACCAGCGCCAUCUCGGACUCCUCGGAAAUGCUUCAGAGGAUUUUUGUGGUUUUGUGGCAUAGCAAUGAUACUUUAUUUUUGUUCCAACUCACCAUGGCUAGAAAGACCAAUGACGGCAGUAGGGUGGGCAACAGAUUCUGGGAAUCAUUAUGAGAUGGUUGGAGAAUCUGAGUUACCGGACUUUCCAACGCCAGUUAUCGUAACAGACAAGCGCGGGCGAUCGAAGUGGACGGUUUCCAUACCCCCCAAUCACGAAUUUCCUCUCACUCCCACACAAUACGCCGAUAUCUGCUCUCAAAAUAUGGAAGUUGCUGCCACCGUUGCAGACCUACAUAGCCACGUGCAUCGAGAGCACACUGCACAUUACGACUACUACCACGUGGACCAAAAUUUCAUGGACGUUGCUGAGGCGGAGGCGCAUGGGCUUUUACCUGGAAUCAAGACGAAAAAUAGUGUAAAGGAUGGUGUCUUGGUGGGCGAAAAGAAGGGCGACUUGAUUGAUUCAGAUAUCUGUGACAAGACUCUGACUUUUGUUCUGGAAACCUCAGAUGCGGGGCUUGGUAAAACCUUGAUGAUGUUAUGGACUGCGUUCGGUUUGGCUCAAAAGGAAGGAAGACAUUUUUUCGUAGAUGACUCAAGAUGGUAGGCUCUGAGAAACUUGCCUCCUUUAUUACUGUUUACUGAUGAUACCAAGGGCAUACGGCAAAUACACCACCUUCUUCCAAGCACCACCAGCACCCAAGUGCAGACCCCCACCACGACACGAAAUGCUUCCAUGCCCGCAUCAUGCUCGCCAUCUAGUGGUCUCGGCUGCGACCGUUACUCAUACCUUUGGAGGAUCUUUCAACGAUUAUUUUGAGGAUGCGCGAAAGAUGGAAGUCUAUCGACAAAAGCCAAUUUUUGAAAUGGCCCGACUCGGGUACACAGCGCUUUUCAACCUGUCCGAUGGAGAUAAUGAAUAUGUCGAUAGAAGGGCCGCAGAAUUCAGGGCAAAAACGACACUCGAUCCAGUGGAUCAAGAAAGUGGAAUCGUCGUCGGUGUACAUGUUCGCCACGGAGAUAGAAGGCCAUUCGAAUUCCAGUACAAGGAUAGCUAUAUUCCAUUGACAGUAUAUAGCGACACAGCGCGCAUGCUACUGGACAAGAAAUACAACCACUCGCUUCCGAAUGGAGGCCAUGACACUUUGGCUCAGAUGGCUAGUGCAAUUGUUCUUGCUUCCGACGAUCCCGACGUUUACGAUUCAGACGAGUUCAAGGACGUAUCCAGAGCACAAGAGCAAAUUCGAUUAGCGUCCAAGAAUGCCCUUGAAGCAGCUACCCCUCAGCCCAACACUCCAGGUCCAAGAAAGUUUGUCGAUGACACAGUAGGAUGGGAAGGUGGAUUUUAUGCAGGCAUGUUCUGGAGUUUGGGUAAACCUUCUGGCACUCCCAAAACUGCAGUUGAGAAUCCGGAAACAGCAUUAACUCCAACUACCGAAGCUUUAAGACUGAGGGAGUUGGUCGGAAGAGCUUAUUUGAUGGAUUUAACCGUGCUGGGAAAAGCAAGUGACAAAAUUGUUUGCACAGUCAGUUCCACAGGCUGCAGAAUCCUUGCCGUCAUGAUGGGCUGGGAGAAAGCAAUUGACCAAGGAGGUUUUGUCAAUGUUGAUGGAAACUUCGAUUGGAGGGGUAUAGCAUGGUGAAAGAGUGGAGUACAAUUCCUCAUCUCUCAUCUCAUGCAUUUCACAAACAAAUCAUUCUAUUGUUCAUAUUUAUGACUUUUGAUAGCGGGACUUUUAGCGUAAGCAUUUUCGUGGCGUUGGCGUUGGCUCUGGAGUUUGGGGUUUGAUGAGUCUCUCCACGAGAUAUGGAACAUAUGCAAUUGCAUCGCAUUGUACGGUGUAGGUUCACGCGUCCUAAGAUACCAGGCUAUGUAGCCUUUUGUAGAAAAUUACUGAAUAGUGGAAUUUUCCCUAUUUGACUUUAUUUCCUUAUGCUGCUACGUAUAGGUGAUGAUUGUGAAGUUGCAUUAUGAAUUAGGAAGGUUGACACUAACUAGCCUGAGAAUAUAUUUCUGGCUCAACUCCUUCUUUCCUUCCUCCU